AGUCGUUAUCAGACAAGCGAGUCCAUCAGUCGUUGCGUUCCUUAGCCGUCGUGCAAAAGUAGCCUAGUUGAUUCAAACCACUUUAGCAAACCACACAGUUAUAAGCAAAAAAAUAGCAAACAAAAAAAUAAAUAUAUAUAAAAGUAUCAAUAGCAAGCAAAUUAGAGCAAAGCAUAGCAAAAACGCGUUAAAAAUUUGUACGCCGUAAUUAAGCAAAUUCAGAAAUCAAGCAGCAGGCAAUUACCGUCAUUCAAUACCACGCACACUCCCCCCCAACUCUCUCGUUUGCAAUAAUACACCACUGAAUUAUCAGAUUGUAGCGGAUUGAAUUCAAUUCAAUUAGUCAAAAAAGCUUCAGCUUCGAAACGCGUACAAGUGCAAUCAUAUUAACUCAAUAAACAAAAAAAAAAUUAAUUUAACAACAAAAAUAACGCAUAAAUCUUUGUAGAGCUUUAGUGUAAUCUUCAAGAGCUUCGUAAGUAGUUGUGAAUUAUUUUUUGCUGGCGUAACUGUGAAAUAAAUCAAAACAAGCCGAAAACUCAGCAAGCGCAACAAACCGAUUGAUAACAAACGGCAAAGCACUGUUAUAGCAUUUUUGAGAAAUUUUUUUGGAAGUUUCUGAAAAACCAAAACCAAAGCUUGACAAAUCCAUGUUUGCAACGCUCAGCAACGCUUCAAACAAUCAACCUUAACAGGAUAUUCAAAAAAUAUUUGUAAAAAAGUAGAACAUUUUGACUGAGUUUCGAAGUUUCGACUGCGAGUCAAGCUUCUUUGUGGACCAACAGUAGUAGUCUUCGUUUUGCCAUUAGAAAAAUAUUACGAUUUUUUGAGUGCGUGUGCUUUUGCGCUUUGUUAGUGUUGUUGCUGUAUUGUGUAGCAAGCGCAAAAAUAUAAAAUUUAUUGUGAUUAACCGUUACAAAGGCGAAAAUAUAUUUAAGGCAAACGCAACGAUCAAUUUAGAGCGACCACUUAGCUUUGAGGGAACUUGGAUACGAGUAUAUUGGAUAAGCGCAGCAAUUAAAUUGUGCAAUAUUAUUAACUAAGUGAUAGAGAAACAAGAAAAACCCAAACUUACUAAGCAAUUGAGUUCAAAAUAUUAAUUGUGAGAGAAACAAAAAAUACAGCAACAAAUUAACCGUAAAUAUAAAGUGAUAUGAAAAGCUGAAUAAAUCAGUAUCCUGACGCUAGCAAUCAAUCAAUCAAACCGUGUGCAGAAACAGCAAAUCCCACGUCAACAAAAAUACUUACAAACAAACGAGUAUAUGCGAGUAUAUAUGAAAGGAUAUAAGAAAUAAAGAAGAUAGCGCGGAGCCGUUAAAUAUUGGCAACGACAAGCACAAGCUAACCGACUAACCCAUAAGCUAACCAAUACAAUAUACACAAAAAAGCGCCCGCCGCUAUCAGCACAGUUACAUACACAUGCAUUGUAUUGUUGUUGUAUUGUGUGAGCUGCGCUAAACGAGAGCCCCCCUUCGGUCGCUACCGGCAAUACUUUUCAUGUCAAUCGUGUGCUAAGCGCCUUGAACGCAACGUCUUAAUCGCAUUUAGCCGACGGCAAACGCGCUAGUAGUGUCAAGCAAUAGAGUCAGUCGACUGCGUAGCGUCCCAAGUGACUGGCUUGCUGGCAUAUAACCUGUAGUACAACCAGUGACAUUUGUAAGACGAGGCGCGCUGUGCCAAAUAAUAGCGUUAACCAGCUGCUUAGCGACACUCGCGCGUGUGUGUGUGUGUGCGUGUGCGUGCGUGCGUUGUUGUUGAUUUCUCUCUCCCGACGCGUUAAGUAAAAGCCAACAAAAUUUCACACUUUGGAGUAAAUCUGUUUUACGUUAAGCAGCCAACGGAGAUUUUUCCACCGCCAACGCAGGCGAUUAAAGCGAUCAGUCCACCAGCGGCAAUACAGGCAGCGCCCGCCACCAUUCCAACGAAGAAACUCGUCAUGGUGACGCGAACGAAGAAAAUUUUUGUGGGUGGGCUGUCCGCGCCCACAACACUGGAGGAUGUAAAAGCUACUUCGAGCAAUAUGGACCGAUUGAGGACGCUAUGCUCAUGUUCGAUAAGCAGACCAAUCGGCACCGAGGUUUUGGCUUCGUUACAUUUCAGAGUGAGGAUGUGGUAGAUAAAGUUUGUGAAAUUCAUUUCCAUGAGAUCAACAACAAAAUGGUCGAAUGCAAGAAGGCGCAACCCAAAGAAGUCAUGCUGCCGGCCAACUUGGCCAAGACGCGCGCUGCCGGUCGCUCUGCAUACGAUAACAUCAUGUGGGGACUGGGGACACUACCCGACGGAUUUCCGGCAGCCGCCUAUGCAGCCUAUGCAGCUGGACGUGGUUAUUCGGGAUAUCCAAGCUUCGGUUUGCCUUACCCUGCUGGCUUAACAAUAUGUGGAAUCGGUAGAAGUUUUGGUACAUGUAGUACUGCGGCCCAAACUGGUGGUCGUAGGCCCGGCAAUGGUGGCGGCAACACCGUCAAUACGCAACCUGCCGCAGGCUAUCAACAUCAGGCGGCCUUAACUCUGCCUUUGGCAACGGCGCUAACUCGUACAGCUGCAAUUAAAUCACAAUUUUUAGGAAAUAUUAACUUUUAAUCAGACGUCUAGCCCGAAACGCUGAUACUUAGACAAAUGCUGGAAUAUGCCUAGCAUACCUUACCGCUACCAGCCGCCAGCCAGCAAUCCGAAAAUACCAGCUCAAGACCAAUCCAAUCCGCGCAAUCAAAACGAAAAAACGAAAAUAGAAGUCUGAGCCUACCAAUCAAGCGAGGCACAAACUCAAGUGGUCUAUCCAAUCGAUGCUAAUCGAGCUCUCGACCGUUAGCUUAGAGCCGUCUUAAAAACACAUACAUCCUUAGAGAGUACUCGUAUACUCUCGAAGUAGUAACAAAUUUAAGCCCACAUCUUACGUAACUAUUCGUAGUCCGUAUCUAGUAGUAUAUAUACUCGUAUGUUUCGAACCCAUAAACCAAGUUGAUAAUAGUCGUAGGAAUAUACUCGUUGGUAGCCGUUGUUCGUUCGUUCGUUCGCUUGUUUGUUGGCUUUUGUGAUUGAUUGUUGGUUCGUUAUUUCACUCGAAAAGUCGUCUUAGGCUAGCAAUAAAGUUUAAAAAUGCAGUUACCGAAGUAGAACUUUGAUCUUCUAGAAGUUGCGGUUGUAAACAGUCAUUUAUAUAAUCACUAAAGUCGACAGCUUUAUAGCUAUAGUCAUUUAAGAAUGUUUUACUUGAAUAACACCAAAUGAAUUGAUCUCAUAGUAAAACUGUUCACACAUAAAUACGUACAUAACCUACAAUAUACAAUAUACACAGUAUUUAACAUAAAAAAAUUCUGAAAUUCAUUUGACUAUCGAUAUUCGAAUACAUAUUAGUUCCUUUAUCAUAUAACUACACUUUCUUUGUUGCAAUAUUUAUUAAAGGUAAACAUAUAAUGCUUUGAAACUUUGAUUGAAGUAAAAAUUUUGUAUCGAAUUAAUUUAUAUAGCUAAGUUUUCUUGCAAAUUUUAGUGAGAACAUGAUAGCAAAGUUACAUUUUGUUUUAUUAAAUGAACUCUUCUUUUCUUAGUACUUUUCGAUAUAUGUUUUUUCGCUAGAUUCCAUUGGAUUACAGCAUGCUACAAAUUUCUUUCAAAAACUAGAAAAACAACCUUACUUAUUAAAAAUUCCUUUAAAAAUUUAUUUUUUGCAAACUUACAGUUUGAUUUUUAUUAUACUUGCCCUGAAGUGGGUAAAUUACAAUGUUUGCCAGGAAAUUCGUAAUAUCUCGAAGGAAAUGUUGGAGACCCUUUAAAGUAUGCAUAUAAAUGAUCAGCCGCACGAGCUGAGUUGACUUAAUCAAGUCCGUCUGUAUAUACGCAAACUAGUCCCUCAAUUCUUGAGAUUUCGAUCUGAAAUUUUGUACAUGUAAUUUUCUCCACAGUAAGCUACAAUUUUGACGUAACCGUUGAUAUCGGACCCCUAUUGCACAUAGCUGCUAACUGACCAGUCGAAUUCAAGUUCUUGUAAGCUUCUGAAAACUUUUUUAUUUGACAAGUCAACUUCCCGAAAAUUGGCAUGGAUUAUCUAUUAUCUAGGUAUCGAUAAAAUAUCCGAAGAAGUGGUUCAUAUUGGACCACUAUGUCAUAUAGCUGUCACACAAACUGAACGAUCAUACUCAAGGCCUUAAAUGGAAAACUUUUUUAUUUGAUAAGCUAUCUAUACGAAAUUUGACACGAAGUAUUGCCAAAGGUAACGGUACAAUAUGCGAAGAAAUUGUUGAGAUUGGACCACUAUUGCAUAUAGCGGUCAUACAAACUGACCGAUCGAAAUCAAGUCCUCAUAUGGAAAACUUUUUUAAUUUGACAAGCUACCUUCACCUAAAUCGAUAUGGAUUAUUAUCCAAGGUAUCGCUCAUAUAUCCAAAGGAACUGUUCAGAUUGGAAGACUAUAUCAUAUAGCUGUCACACAAACUGAAGAAUCAAACUGAACUCCUUAUAUGGAAAACUUUUUUAUUUGAAGAGAAAUUUUACACGAAGUAUUUUCCAAGACAACGGUACGAUAUGUAAAGAAAAUUUUAAGAUCGGAACACUAAAUCGCAUAGCUGCCAUACAAACUGACCGGUCAAACUCAAGUUCCUGUAUGUAAAAAUUUUUUAUUUGUCAAGCUAUCUUCAUGAAAUGCGGUAUAGAUUAUUAUCCAAAGCAUUGCUUUAAUCUCCAAAGUAAUUAUUCAGAUCGGACAAAUAAAGCAUAUAGCUGCCAUAUAAUUGAUCGAUCAAAAUUAAGAUAAAGACAGUUUUUAUAUAUUUUAUGUUAUAAAAAACGCACCUGUGAAGGGUAUUAUGGCUUCCAGGUUCGGAUGCAAUGUUCUUAGUUGUUUUUAUUUAAUUUAAGGAACCACAGGUAGUGUGCAUAUAUACUUAAAAGUUUAAAUUGAUCAUAUGUAUAUCAAAUUUAGAAAAGUAUAUAUGCGGAGUAUUCUACAAGAAAACAGAAAAAAAUCAAAAAGCUAGUGCGGCGGUCUCAAAAAAUUGGCAUAUGACCAUACCAGUGAUUUCAACGCUCCUAGCAAUUGGAAAUCAAAAAAAACAUAUUGAUUUCGCAUAAUGUUACAAUGUGUGGUUUCAUGGAACAGUUGGAAAAAAAAUCGCGAAAAGGCGACUCCCUGAACAAAUACAAAACAUUUUUUGUACAACUUAUUUUAGUAUUUCGAAUUUAUUAAAAUAGUAAAAAUUUAAAUUUGGCGUUAUGAAUAGUUUCAGAUAUAGAGAAGUCUAUAAGCAAUACUCUCUAAAAAUUUCAGUAAAACCUGUUCAUUUUAUAGUUUCAGACAUAGACAAGUCUAUUAAAAAAUAAAAAAUUUCUAAAAAUUUCAAUUAAACCGGUUCAGUACAACCUGAACAAUCCUGGGGAUCGUUUUGAAAAAUAUUGUUUCGAGAAAAAAUCGUUUAACGGUUUAUUUUCGGCAGCACCAGUUCGGAUGUCGGGCAUGUGGCUAUAUCUCCGAAAAAAAAAUAAUUAUUUGAAUUUUGAAAAUCCUCAGUUAGACGUACUAUAUACUUCAAUAGUUAAAAAUUGAUAAUAUAAAAAAAUCUUUUUUUUUCUUCAAACUGAUUUUUUUUUUAUGGGCAUUAACAUUCUUGUUCAAAGAUUAUUUUCAGUGAAAAUUCUACCAAUUUGCAACUGAAUUAGCCAAAAUUUUAGUUUGUAGACAUCAAAGAUGGCCAAUCUACACUUGAGCGUACUACAAUUGUAUGCUAAUAAAGCAUUGUAGCUAUGAAAAAAAGCAUAAAUUUAACAAAAUUCCUUAACAAAAAUCUAGCAUUCUACAUGCAGUCUAUAAAUUAUUCCGCAAAGUGUUGCCAACUCUAAAGCACUUUAGUCUAUUAUAUAAGAAAAUAUUGUACAUGCACUUAAUUAAAUGCCAAAUUUAAAUUUUGCGACCGUCGAAAACUGCUCAGUUUGCAACAAAUGCUAGAAAAUUGCCAUACACACACACACUUGCAUAGAAUAUACCCUAAAAUACAGUCAAAAUAAAAAUGUGCAUACACACUUCAAUAGAGUACAGCGUCUUUAGCAUCUCACAAAGCGUGCUCAGCGUAAAAAACUUUAAACACAAAUUAAUACAGCCUGGACAUGCGUGCAAUAUUAAGCCAUAUGUAUAUAUUUAUACUCGUAUAUAUAUACGAUAUAGACACAAUGUAGCUUAUAACCUUAAUUCACACACUAGUCCCGCAAUAACGCCGUUAAAUACAUUAACAACUGUUUAGCAUACACACAUAUAAAAAUAUUAAUAUAAAUACAUACAUAUAUAGUAUAUUAUAUAUACCAUCUGUAGUUGAAGUAGUAGUGUGCGAUUAUAUAGCAUUUAAUGAGCAAUUCAUUUAUAUAUCAAUAAACAAUAGUUACAUACAAACGUAUUAUACUAACAGACCCUUCCUUAUAAGCAUAUAAUAUAUAGACAUAGCUAUAGUACCCUUACAUGCAUAUAAUAUAUAGUUAUAGCUCUAACCCGUAGCCUUUCGAUUUUUCUUUUUUAUAUAUAUACAUACAUAUAUUUAUUUAUAUAGCAGUAGUUGUCCCAUACUUACGACCAAAGUCUUCCAAAAAGUAAUUUUUUGUUUCAUUUUGUAUAAGAAUAAAAUGCCGACAAUUAUUUAGCGUAAUUUCUGCUUCAUUUGUGAAACCGUUAAUUAAUAUGUAGCUAUUCGUCUGCACAUUAAUUUAUGCCGUAUGGUAUUUUCUUUAUCCCGUGUCAUUAUGCUUUCAUUAUUUUCAAAACAUACAUACAUAUGUAUGUACAACUCAUAUUUAGGUGUAUAACACUUUUUGAUAUUAGCUAGCCAUUACUCAGUUCUUGCUUUAAUUUCAUAAUGUUUAUGACAAAAUAAAAGCAUAUAGUUUACUUAUACAUUAGGGUGGGUCAAAAAAAAUUACAUUUUUGUGUGCUUGGUAUACUGAAAAAUAUGUGCUUAGGCAAUUCUUCGAAAAUUUAUCCAAAAAUGAGUUCUUAAUUGUAAUGGUUUCCAUUUCUAUUCUAUGUUUCUAUAUUUCUAUUUUUUCUAUGUUUCUAUAUUUUUUUAGGUUUCUAUAUUUCUAGGUUUCUAUUUUUUCUAUGUUUCUGUAUUUCUAUUUUUUCUAUGUUUCUAUUUUUUUCUAUGUUUCUAACUCUUUCUUAUCAAUAGUUAGAAAAAUUCAUAUUUCUCUUACAACUAAUUUUCUAUUUCUAUUUUUUCUAUGUUUCUAUUUUUUCUAUGUUUUGAACUUUUCCUUAGCUUUAGUUAGAAAAACUCAUAUUUCUCUUUCAACUAAUUUUCUAGUUUUAUUUUUUCUAUGUUUCAAUUUUUUUCUAUGUUUAUAUGUUUCCACCAUUUUCUUAUCAUUAGUUAGAAAAAUUCAUAUUUCUCUUUCAACUAAUUGAAAAAAUAUCUCAUUUCAUAGGUUUUGUAAGUAAUUGAAUGCUCUACAAAAUCGUCUCUUACGGUUUUUUCGUCAACAUAACAGUUAGAAGAUAUUGGAGGUUGAAGUUUGACUUCACUUUAAAUCCCAAUUUCAAAGAAAAUUUACUACUCUCCACAAAACUCUAAACUUUUCUAGCUGAAAAUAAGUAAAAAAGCACACAGCUUUAAAGCGAAGGACCCUCACGUUACAAUUAAGAGAUCACACUUGAGAAGAAAAAAAGAAAAAGUUGAAAUCUUUAAUACGAAGGACCUUCCCGUUGCAAUUAAGAGCUCUUUCUUGUAGACAUUUUCGUAGCAGUGCCUAAGAACCUAUUUUUCAGAGUACAAAAAAAAAUUGUUUUUUUUUUGGCCCACCCUAAUAUACACUCUAAAAUAUUACACGAGUAGUUAAAACAAAUAUUUAAUGGAAAGAAAAUUCCCAAAAAAAAGCUGUAAAAAAACUACAAGUGUUAAGAAAAUCUAUAUUUAAGGGCGAAAGGGCGCAACAUUUUUACAUGGAUGAAUUAUAUUCUUACUGCGAAUUUGUUAGUUAAAGAAAAUUUUUUAAGCAAAUAACAAAAACGAAAAAUAAGCAAAUAAAUUAUCCAUCCAUUUUUUCUGCGAAACUUGAAGAGCAACACAAAAUGAAAAUUUUAAAAGCUAUGCAACAUGAAGAAAAAUAUAAAAAUUAAAUGCUAAAAAUAAUAUACACUUACAUAUAUUUAAGAAGCUUUACAUGAAGAAUUAACAAAAUUUUAGCUAUAAAGAAAUUUAAGUGCAGAUUGAAUACCAGACACUGGCGUACCGUAAAGAAGUUGGCUUUAACUAUCAACAGUGAGCCGAUGCGACAGGCACUCGGCAGGGAUGAUUUUGAAAAGUGAAAGACAUGAGUAUAAAAAGAGCAAGGGAUGAGUGUGUUUUUCCCAAGCUUAGACAAAUAAUUAAUUAAAAUUAUAUUAAUUAAAAAUUUAUUUGCGUUAAAAACCAAGAAUGAUAGAAACAAGAUUGCGCCAUCGUGACGUCACAGGCUAUAGAAUGAGGUUAUAAAAUGAGUGCAGACAGCAUAGAAACAAAAAAAAUCUGUAAAUUCUGACGUCACCUCCAAAAAUUUGUCUUUUUAGUGCUUGUCAGUGACAACUGUCAAAGUCUAAACCAAAGAAGUGACGUCAUUACUUGGCGCAAUUUUGCCUUCUAUCAUGCUUGUCAAAAAUUGUAUUGUUGAGCUUGUAUGCAUAUCUCUCGCUCUCAUACUAGCAUCACACUUUGAUAACAAAAGCAACACGCUCAGCUGCUGAGCGACACUUGCAAGCAACCAAUCCAAUCAGUCUUUGCUGAGUGCACUGCCCGCUGCAGUUUCGUUUAAGAUUAGCUAACUCACUCGUACGUACAUGUAUGCUCGUCAAGGUUUGGCUGCUAAACGGUUGCUAGAAAAUGUUACUUAGAUAUCGCUACACUCUUAUAAAUUAAGGUGAUCAAAAACACAAAAAAAAAAAAAUCAAAACUGGUUUACAUGAAAUUCAUUUAUUGACCGCUUCAAGCAUAAACACAUAUGAAAAAAAGCUUAAGGAAUCACAAAAGAAAACUAACAACAAAUAAGUUAGCUAAGACGUAAGCAGAUAAAACCCAAAAAAGUAAUUGAAUGAAAUUUGUUGAACAACAACGGCUUUGCAUAGUUAUAAAUCGCUUAAUUGUACAUUCAAUUGCUUUAUGCAACAGUAAAUUGCCCAUUCUUAACCGUACAAAAACUUAUUGAUAAACCGUAUGUGGUCGAGCGGGAAGAAAUUUGCAAAUGUUUACGUAUACUCGUAUAAAUAUAAAUCGAUUGUAUGAAAUCUAUAAGAAACUCACACAAAACUGCUUGAAAUUAUACAUACAUACAUAUAUAUAUUAUAUGCAGACAUAAUUACAUGCACACAUACAUAUAAAUAUAUAUAUUUAUUCUGUGAUUUUAUGAUAUGAUGGAUUAACAAAUGCAAACGAACGAGAUCCAUAAAAUGAAACUCAAUAUUAUUUGCUUGCUCUAAGUCAUAAAUCCGCUAAUGAGAAAUAAUCAAUAAAUGCUUGCAAACAUAUACCCAUAUACAAAAAGUAA